AUGGGCAGUGAGGGAACCAGCAAGGCAGGUGGGACAACACAGGUAGGAGACUGGAUUACUGGGUAGAUCACUGGGUAUGGUGACUCACUCUGUCAUUCUCUCAUAGGCCUCCUGUAGCUCAGUUGGUAGAGCAUGGCGCUUGCAACGCCAGGGUUGUGGGUUCGUUUCCCACGGGGGGCCAGUAUGAAAAAUGUAUGCACUCACUAACUGUAAGUCGAUCUGGAUAAGAGCCUCUGCUAAAUGACUAAAAUGUAAAUGUAAAAAAAUUAUCUCACUCUCCUCUCUCUCGCCCUCUCCCUCUGUCUCCCACCUCACUCUAUUCUCUCUCUCGCUCUCUCUGUCUACCCUCUGUCUCCCACCUCUCGCUCUCUGUCGGUCUUCCCACUCUCUCCUCUCCCUCUGUCUCCCACCUCACUCUCUUCUCUCCCUCUGUCUCCCUCCUCUCUCUCUCCCCCUCUCCCUCCCACCUCACUCUCUAUUUCUCUGGCUCCCACCUCACUCUCUCUGCUCCCUCUGUCUCCCACUUCACUCUCUCCUCUACCUCCCUCUGUCUCCCACCUCACUCUCUAUUUCUCUCUCCAGAUGAAGGACAGAUUCUGCCAACUGCAGGAUGUGUUGGAUGAGCCCGGAGGAGGAGGAUGCUAUACCAACGAGACCUUCACCACUGUGGACCUGGACGAUCUGUCUGCCCAUACGGGCUUUGACCAGGCAGCAGCGACCCCUGACCCCUGA